UAUAGGUACCUACCUAAAUAUAUUGAAACUAUUGAAUUCAAAUGGCUGAAAAAAAUUAAAGCUCACUUUGUGCUGAGAGUUUGUGCUAUUAGAUGAAGUGCUGGUUCCAAAAUGGAUAAAACUUAUGUGAAAUCAGUUUUAGAAGGACUUAAGUCCUCGUCAUCUAAACGCAUUCAAGAGUCCCUCGUAAAAAUUAAAUCUACAAUAAUAAUAAAUGAUAAGGGCAUUAAAUCCUUUCGAGAAAGUGGUGGCAUAGAAUAUUUACUUCCACAUUUACGUAAACCAAAUGAAAGAAUACUUGAUUUAUCCCUAAGUAUACUUGGUAAUGUGUGUUUAGAUGAAAAGUGCAGCUUAUUGAUUGGGAAACUGAAUAGCUAUGGACCUCUUGUGUCUAUAUUAAACACUGUAUGCCGUGAUAGCAUUGUCGGAAGAACAUCGCGCGUCAUUGGUAACUUGGCGCAAAAGCUAUGCAAUGCAGAACAUUUGCACAAUUUUGGAGCGGUUAAGGCACUGCUCGAGGUCAUUAAUAACAGGGAUAAGUCUACAUCUUAUGCCACACUAACAAUGGCUGUGAGAGCCAUUCGGCAACUAUGGAUGGUUAAAGAUAAACGCGAUGAAAUGUUGAGAUUACAUGCCGUGCAAAGCGUAUCAAUAUUAUUAACAACUGAAUGCGAAUCUAUUGGAAUAAUCAAGUCUUCUACUGGCAAAGAAAUAGAGGAUCCGAAGAGGAGUCAAGACGACCUCAUUGUUGGCAUACUCAAAUGUUUAGGAUAUUUCACAACGUACCUAGUUGGUAACUGUGCUGAACAGAUCCAAGGCGACGGCAGAGGUUACCUAUGCCUCGUGGCGCUCACUAAGCGUCAUGAAACAAUAGCACUCAAAUGUCUAAUGAAUCUCUGUUACUUGUCUACAUGUCGACCGGUAUUGGGAACCGCGGGAUUAGUCGAAUGCUUAGUAAGCAUAAUUCAGAAGAAACAUGCAACGGAUAUGGCUUGGUGGCCCGAUGGAGCGGCGAAGGCUCUGGCCCAGCUUAGCGGUGAGGCGGUGAAUCGAUCCCGAUUACGACGUUCUGGAGGACUCUCUUUGCUAGUCACCGCUGCUCGGGAUAACGCGCAUGCCAUGCAUGCACUCUUACAAUACGUUUUUGAUGACAGUUCAUUUCAGCUACUUAUUCAGCAGGGCCUUGUGGGGUUGCUUACCGACAAACUAACUGAUCAUAUUUCCACCAUGGAAUUUGAACACAACUUCACCAUUGGCCAGAAUGAAGCUGUGAAGCGUAAAGAGAAGCAUAAAAAUGAAUCUAUUGCCGUGUAUGAUAUGGUAGUUAGCAAUAUAGCUUAUCGUGAGAAAGGAUUUUUUAAAAGAAGUAAAAGCAAAUUGUUAUCUGAGACGGAGGAUGACUUAAAGGUGGUGAUAGAAAGAGACAACAUGAUUGUUGGAUUUUUAGACGCUAUCGACAGUGAUGACUCUAAUUUAAGCGACAGUGAUGAAGGAACAUCGUCUCAGCGAAAAAGAAGCCUUAAGCGAGUGAGAUCAAAAAGUCCUAAAAGCUUUAGAAAAAAAUCGCAUUUUGUUAAGAUGGCAAGUAAAGACUGGUCCUCAGGGGUUUUCUGGGAACCAAAAAGCCCCGAAUGGCCAUCACUUUUUCAACAAUUUCCGUCCGACAAAAGUCCAAGUCGUGACCAAGGGCCUCUGUCGCCAGCCUCGGAAGGAAGCGCGGACAUGAGUCCGGAUUAUCGAGGCUCAUUAAGUAAGAAGAGUAGAUGGGAUUGGAGCCCAGACUCGGGAGCUAGUAUGGGAGAGGGAAGUUCAACAUCCCCUUAUUGGACGGAUAACCAGUGGAGUCCGGGAAGCUCCGGACCUUCAUCACCUUUUAGCAUCAAUGAUGAAAGUUCCGAUUCAGAGAUUUCUGGUCGUUAUUCGCCAGUUUGCAGCGAAGACGAUGGCGACGAAGACCAAAAAAAAACCUCAACUAACGCGAUCGCUGAAUUAAAAGCGACACAGAUCGCUCAGGAGCUAGAUACAGAACUAACCAUAGAAGAUGAUAGCAGUGAUGAGAAGGCGCUAGCGGAAGAUAUUAGCAAAUGCAAAAUUGAUAUGAAGUCGAAAUCGUCUGCUAUGGCAUGCGUUAUGGUGCUAAUGUUCAGGGUAACUCACGGCACUUGCACGACUUGCGGCAGCAUCCGCGACGAUUCCGUACCGAACCAUUUGACGGACUUACUAACCAGCCGCGAGUGUCUCCACGGACUACUCGACUACGUGGAGAGAUGCCAACGCCCCAUGGGCAGAGCUGCGCGGAUACUAGUCAGGAUUGUCAGUAAUCACCUCUGUUUAUUGAAUUUACUAAGGCAUAGGAUACCGCUGAGGCUUCAUCAAAUGUCUGUUAGAUCGAAACAUCCAACAGACCAAUGCAUACAAUGCAAACAAAUAAAUAAAUUUAGUUCUAAACUCUUGACUCAACUGUCGUUAAAGGCAGAGUCAAGUUACGGUAUUGGGAAAAUCAGCUAUCAUUUAUUAAAGGGCACCACAUCUAUGAAACAAACUCUUUCGUUGACUUUGCCAUACUUUGUCAGGACAGAAAAAGUUUUAAAAAAGUACUUGAUAGAUUGCAAUGGUUUGAAUUUAUUAUUCAGCAGUAUUGCUGAGGCCAAAGAAGAUAUUGAUGACUGUGUUACAGCUUUAGUGAAACUUGCGAAUAAUGUUCACAUAAAGGACCCUAAAAUUCUAGAGAACAGAUACAGGUCAAAUGUUCACGUUACCUACGAUCCUAUUCUCGAUAAUUUGGCUCCUGAUGAUAUAGUAACAUUCCAACUAGAUGAUUCAUCAACAGUUAAAGCAAAUAAAGUGUUUCUGUGCCAGCAUUCAGAAGUAUUUAGCGCUAUGUUGAUGGGGCAAUUCAAGGAAUCCAUAGAAAAAUGUGUACAAAUUAAAAAUGUGUCAAAACCUGCACUGGAACAUCUUUUUACACUGCUACAGUGUGGUUUAAAUAGUUCUAAAAAUGAUAUAGAAAUAUUUCCAAUGGCAGAAGAGUUAGAAACGAAUUUGGAAGUACUACUCCUAGCUGACAGGUUCUUAUUUGAUAAAUUAAAAGAAUUUUUAAGCAGUGCUAUCCUACAAUUUCAAUUGGCACCGGAUACAGCUGACAAGAUGUAUAUAUGGUCACUCCGGGAUGGUAUGGGAUUUUUAUGUGUUGAAUCUGUAGCAUAUUUAUUGACUGGACAGAUGUCUGAAGCUGAGCGUGUCAAAUCGUUCCAAAAUAUCCUAAACCUGGAAUACAAGGACCAAUUGCUAGAAGAUAUCAAAUCCAUGCUGCUGAGGCAGUUGAUAAAGUAAGCUCAAAAAAAAGUAAGAGUAUUAUACAAUUGCAAUAUGACAAUCAUGACAAGGUGUGAGAAUGAUUGAUGUGAUUAUGCUAGUUGAUCUUGACUGAUCUAUUAUAAAGAAUACAAAUUAUAUUACUUAAAAAUUCGGUGUAAAUCCAAGUGUUUUCUAUUCAUAAUCAAGAGACCUUUUUGAGAGUGCCUACCACACAUAGUACUCUGCUUUACUAAUGACGCGAGCUUCUUGAGUUUGUGUGUCUAACGGGCUGGAAGUAAUCCCACACUACGUUUAGCGAUAUGCAGCCCCCAUUCCAGACUACUCAUGCUCCAGCAGCCAUCAUUCCUCAAGAGUAGCAAAAUAUAACACUAUCUGCGUACUGCCACUUCAGCUUGUUUAGUAUAUGGCUAUGUCAAAUACUUUCAGGAUUCUGUCUCCGGCCCUAAAUAACUCCAGGUAGCUAUUUAGCAACUUCGAAUGCCAACAUGCUUCAAAAUCACAGUCUUUCAUGGUUCAUUAGUUGAAAUAUGUAAUUUAUUAUUGGUUAGGGAGUUCUAUUUGUCUUAUAUUUCUCAAUGUCAAAUAAGUGUCUAUGUUAUAAUCAUUGCUAUGUAGUCAAUGUUUUAAUAUUAAUGUGUUUCUAAAUUGUAGUGAUUACAAUAUGCAUAUUCUUAAGGGCCUAAUUCACAUUGCCAUAUUCUGUUUCUGCAUCAGGCUGCUGUCCACACACAUUAAGAAAUACUGUUGAAUAUGACAAUGUAUAUCAUUUAGCUUAGGAUUCGAAUAUACAAUUUCAGUUUCUUGGAAUAUUUAAAUUACAGUUUAAUUGCAAUUGAAUAACUAACAGUAUUUUAUCACCUUAAGCAAAAUUAAGACUUAAAUGUUGACUUAUUGUUGACAACAUUUGAUUUUUAUUCUUUCGGAAGAAUAAUUAAUAACUCAGCACUUAUCAAAUUACAUGUAGCAUGCAUAAAACAUAACAUACAUAUAUGUAAGAUUUUGAAAAUAAAUAAAUAAUAUCUGGUGCCCUGUAUUCACCAUGCCACUCAUAAGACAUCCAUCAUUUAGUCUUAAGAGUAUCCAACUACUAAAUAACAGAUGAAGAUACAAAAUUCGUAUACUAGUUCUUGCACUAUUAUAUGGAUCUUGCAAACGGUAUAAACACUGUUAACAAUUUCCGCAGUACUUACGCUCUGCAAAAUAUUUUUUUUUUACAUUUAAGUUACAUCUAACUUGUUCAGGAUAAUGGACAGGAAUAAGGCCCUUUAUGUUUCAAGUUACAAUACCAAAUAUAUCAGAUGGUAAUCUAUUAAUCUUAAUGUCAUUUAUUCUAACAAAUUGGUAUACUUUAGGUAUUUAGUUAGGUAUACAUUAAAAAAUUAUAUAUUUCUAUUAUUAUUGGCUUUCAAAUUACAGAUUGCUACAGAAUGAAUGUCAUAAUAAAUGAUCCUAGUUAACAAUUCAGUUGGAUCUAGAAACUUUCAGAAUCAAACAUUCCAAUUAGUCCUGUGGAUAUUUGAAAGUGUAUGUAUGUAUUAUGAGUAUGGUAUAAUGGGUUUUUAAGUGUGUACAAAACAUAAAUAAGGGUUAUGAAAAAAAUGUUCAAUGUAUUGCCUGUAUUUAAUGUAACAUUAUUAAAAUGUGAAACAUUAUAUUACA